AUGGAAAAAUUAUUGAAAAUGCUUAAUUAUGCCAAUAUUCAUUUUAGAAAAGAUGGAUUGAAAAGGUUCAAAGAAUUGCAUGGAUAAUAUAUUGACAAAUCUCUUCCUUAAUAAUUUGUUUAUUUUGCUAAGGAAUUAAAUUAUGAAUUUCUUGAGAAAGAAGAAGUAGAAAAAAUAACUGAGAUGAUACAAUAAGGAAGAUAAUAAAAUUCUUAUAAUUAAGUUGCAAUAUUAUAGGAUAGAAUAAAGAAAUCAAUAAUAAUUUUAGAUUAUUUUGAAUUAGAUAGAUUUACAAUUUAAUGCACUCCUUAAGAUAAAUAAAAUAUGCAAUUAAAUAGAUUAGCACACAUUACAAAAUUGCUAAAAUAAGAUUCUCGUUAUGUUUUUGGUUAUUAAGGCAACGAUGAAAUUUCAAUAAGUUCAAUAGGCACAGCAAAUGGUGCAACAGAUAAGAUUUAUUAUAUAUUGGGGUAUAUAAAAUAAUAUAAGAAUAGAAUACUGAUAUAAUUUGGAAAUAGUUAUUAUUUAAGUGAUGGUUAUGACAAAAUUAAAAUAAAUUUUCAGAGCGCUUAAAAUAAAAGUUUUUUUAAAAAUGAAAAUCCAAACUAAGUAGAUAUAGGUUUAGUUAAUUUGGGAAGUAUUUUGAUGAUGGUAGGAGAAUGGAAUGAUCAUCAUGGAUAUUUUUAAGUUAGUAAUUAUACUAUUCCAUUUGUAUAUAUUAAUUUAUUAAUUUUAAGUUUAAUGUGAAAAAGAAAAUUAAAUAGCAAAUUUAAAAUUCAGAUUUAAGAGAGAUUUUGUAAUUGGACACAUUUGGAGUCUACAAGAAAAUUUUAGAGUUUAGUUCUGAGUUAGAAUAUCAAAAAAUUGAGAGAUAGAAAAGCAUAAAUAUAUUUUAUUAAGAUGAUUACGAUAAAAUAUGGAUUCUAUCAAAUUUUAGUUUAGAAAACUUAAUAACAAUUCAAAAUUUUGAGAUUUUACUUAAAAAAGUUAUUGACUAUAACAUAGCUCCUCCUGGGGCAAUAUUUUUUGUUGGAUAAUUUUCUAGUUAACAAAUACCAAAUCAGGAAUAACUUUAUGGAAAUGAAUUAGUUAAAAUUAUCAAGCAAUUUUAAUAAUUUUUAGAAAAAACUUUAUUACUAUUUAUUCCUUCAUAUAAUGAUUUUCCUUUAGCAUAUUCAAUGCCAAAAACACCAAUAAAUUUAUCAUUAUAUAUGAAGGAACCUACUUUAAUGAUGCAUAGUUUAAGUAAUCCUUGUCAUUUGUCAAUAAAAGGAUAUAAAAUAGUAAUAACAAGAAAUGAUAUUUCAAAAGAAAUUAGAAGAAAUCAUAUUGAACCAUUAUAGGCUGGACAUGAUCAUCUUAGUGAAACUAUAUUAUCUUAACAAUAUUUGGGAACAUUUUAAAGUAAUUAAGUAUGUUAUAAAUGGAAUUAUGAUUCUGCAAUGUUACUUGAUCCAAGUGUUGAUUUAGUUGUAUUAUGUGAUUUAACUGUCGAUUAAUUCAAAUAUCAAACUAUAAUAAAUGAUACUACAGUAUUGAAUCCUGGUAAUUUCUAAAAGUAAGAUUUUGCCAUUAUAAGAUUUAACAAUAAAAAAUAAACAAUGUAUUGUGAUACCUCUAAUUUUAAUUAGAAUUGA